AUGAGGACUUUCACAACGAUCGGCACGUUAGCAAUAAUUCUGCAGCAAGCAGCAGCUAAUCUCGACGUCGUGACCUUGGUUACUCGAUCCGGUGUUUACAUCCAGGAAGCUUCUGCGACGCUUGUUCUCCCAGCUAUCCCCAACCCCAUCAGUGGAGAUGUUGCUCUAUGGAGCGCCAUUAUGAUGCAGAACCAAGAAUCAUUCCUCCAAGGAGUCACUGAGAACGCUCCCGCAGGAAUGGGAUACUGUACCAACCUCGGCAGCAAAUGGUGUAACUUUGCGUAUGCACUCAUUAAUGGCAGUUCUCAACCUAAGAACGGCAACACUGUCACAGCUUCUCCUGGAUCACGCGUCAAGACUCAAUAUAAAUUGAACUCUCAAACGCAAAUGUGGGAUCAAAACGUCACCAUCGACGACAAGCUUGUAUCCACUGUUUCGACUAGCAAGGGGCAGCACGGAGAGAUCUUUUACAUUGCAAUGGAAUGUGCGCAGGGCAACUGUGCUACUACUCCCGCACACAGCUGGGAGAAUGUUUCCGUUACUCUUAGCAAGGCCGACCCUAGCUUCGGACAAACUGGAAGCUGGGCGCAGGGUGCAACUGGAGGACAGAUGUCGACACCGGAUGGUGGUAAAACCUGGAAAUUUACCACACUGAAAGUCCCAGCUACUCGUGUCCCGUCAAACGAUGCUUAG